GUGCAACAAGAGUCUGUCAGACGUGCGGUGAGUUCGUGGUCGGUGGUGUGCACUCCAAUGCGGAAGCGUAGUACCGGUAAUCCCGGCGCCUCAUCGGUUGUCAGGGCAGCGGUAACGCAAACACUUCGGCGCAUGGUCGAACUCACUCCACGAAGAUAGUCCGGCACCACUCCGAAUACGAAUACCUUGCCUCAACCGACCGAGCAGUCAUAAUGGACAUUGGCACAGCACUAUCAUCGGAAGUGACGAGGAUCAUUGAGUGUCCAUACCCAGCCUCUCUUGCGGGCUUGGCCGAUCUACUGGCUCGCGCCGACAUUUCGACCAUUCGAGCAUGCAUCCACAGCCGGCCACCAUGUGCGGUGAGCAAGCUGGCAACAAUUGUUUGCGAAGCUUUACCACUCUGGGCUUACGCGUUGCGUGUCUUGCAUGCCCUGAGUCAUGCCUCAGAAUUCCGGCAUGAACUAUUGCUUCGAAAUCCCGGGCUUCUCAAUGCUCUGCUGACCCAAGCAAACUCUUCGCACCAGGACUUCAAGGAUUAUACCGAGCUAUGUGUGCUCCUACUUUCACGGCCCCUUCCGGAGUCAAUCCCAUUACCGGCUGCCGCACAGUCAUUCUUCCUCCAUGUCUUUGAGAAGGCAAUACAAACCCCACAUGUUGACACCCUGAAGUCGGUAUAUAGUAUGUUGAACGGAGCAUGUCGGCAAAUUCUCUCCCAUCUUCCCCUCGACACAAGACAACAGUUCGACACCGAACUAUGUCAAAUUUUAUACUCGGAGAACGCCGCACGAGACUCCAUGCUGUUGCUAUGGUGUUUCGGUAUAGUUCUUCUUGUAGAGCAUUCUGACUCUGGCCCUGAGCCGUCAAAAACUACCGAAACCAUGGAAAGACAAUGGAAGACAUCCUCGGGCAAAAAGCUAUUUGGUUCGACAAAAAGCUCGUACAAGACAAUUACACUAACAUGUCUGAGUGUGAUCUGGGCUCUAAAGGGCUCUGUUGGCGUGUCGGAUGAUGACGCUAUUGAAGGCAUACGUAUUGCUUCAAGAACGUUACGGUUCGUGGAUCAACAUGUGAGAGAGAGCUGGCCCAGGUCUAGUUCCCUUGCAGGGAACACUGUCCAAAAGCUUCAGCCUAUUCUACUUGAGGCAUUAUCUUUUUACGCUACGAUCGCAGGCCUGGAAACCCUUCAGUCGGAGACUGUGAUGCAAUACGAGCAAUGCUUGGUGGAAGCGACGCAGUUCGCUGAUCCAGACUGCCUUGGUGAGACUCUCGCCAUGUCGCUCCCAGCUUUCGCUCCACGAAUUCAAGAGACAUGUGUCUCACCGCCUUCCUCACACGAGUUGACCAACCUCGUCAUUCUGGUCGAUGAGCUUAAGACUGGAGUUUCUACCUCCGAGCCGCUACGAACCAAGAUAUUAGUCGCGCUAUCCUCGGACACCUUACAAAAGAAGUCGUGGCGUUUUAUACAGGCUGGCAUAAAGAACGAAGGUGCUAGCUGCCGUACAUAUGCUGUGUCACUACAUGCGAAGCUGACAUCGGCCACAACUGCUUUGUUAUUGACGACAGCUCUUGGAACUCAAAUAGAGGAGCCAGCAUUACCUCAUACCCUUGCCCUUGCGCUGAUAAAAAAACUUGACCAGUAUCCAUCCGUCACCCACAAGUGUUCUCACUAUUUGGAGACGGCAGACUGUCCUACCAUAUCCCUUUUCCAGCAGGGAUCCACGCCGCAUACCGGCCAGCACCUACAGGACUGGAGACAUCGUCUUAGGUCGGAACUCCAGAGCCAGAGCUUCUAUCAACAUCUCGAAACACGCUGCGACACUGUUGAGGAACCACUGCGAAUGGAGCAGGAGAAAUCGAAGGAGCUAGAGCAGCGGGCAGCUGACGACAGAUUCCACCUAGAUGGCUUAGAGGACGAAAAACUCAGCAUAGCCGAUGAAAACGACAAGGUCACCGCGCAGCUAGAAGCGCUGAAGGCUGAUUUUGCAGAAGCGAAUGAACGAGCGGAUAAGAUGCUGCAGUAUCGAGAUAGGGAAUUGGAUGAGCUGAAAGCUACGCUCAGCCAGCUUGAGGAAGCGCGAGAGCAGCAAGAGGAAGCCCACUACAACCUUAACGAGCAACAAGAGCACCUGCGGAACGAGCGUGAAAUUACCUCUAGACAGGUUGAAGAGGUCGCUCGACUCAAGAAUCGAGAAAGCGAUCUUGAGAACCGAUUAGGGGUCGCAGAAACGGAGCUCGAGGUCAUCAGCGGGCGUUUAGACGACCUACAAGCAUUAAGGGAGCUGAAGGUCAAAUAUGAUAACUCCACGGAAGCUGCUUCCAUAAAAGCCGAAGAAGAGCGCAAUGAACUCAGUGGCCAGCUUCAAAGCGCCCUAAAGAACAACCGGCAGGCCAAGGAUGCAUACGACGAGACGCGCAAGGACCUCCAGCUUUUGCAGACUUCUAUUCCGCCUCUAAAGAACAGAAUUCAAGAACUCACAGACCGAUGUUCAGAACAAGAAGUAGAGUUAGAUGAGCUGCGGACCGUAAGGAAGAACGUGCUGGCAUCGAUGGGCCUGGACCUUGCAACCCAGAACCCGUUGGUAAUACGGUCAGCAUCUCCGUCGCGAGAACAUCGACGUCGCGAGUCGGCAAACAAUACACAAGCCAUUGUGACGAAGGUCACAAAAGAUAUGGCGAACACGACUUUCGCCUCAUCCGACCCUUACUCCUCACAAAGUGGUGGCUCACAUCACAAGCGUCCUAAGCCACGCCCGUCGUUCAAAGUGCCUGCGAUGCACACUCCCUACACCCAGAAACCGGCACUAAUUUCGAGACCUGCGUCAACAAAACCGUCGCCGAGGAAGCGUUCGGCUUUGGGGCAGAUGUCACCAAAUCGUCGGCAUACGACUGUUGGUUUUGCCAUAUCAGAUAAUGAAGACGAGCAUCAAUCCACGAAUUCACACUUGAUGAAGAAGAGGCGAGGCAGCCUGCAGGAUAUGGAGCAAGCAGAUUUUGACAUGAAUGACGUCCCGGCCGGCACACCACUCACGCCCGGGAAUUUCACGGCGGGUACUGGAAGGGUAUCAGAUGAAGACUAUGGUUCCAUGACUGAUCUAUGA